UGCUGCCAACCCACAAGACGGUCAUUACCCUGCCUAGCAUAGCAGAGAGAGGUCAGCCAGUCGUGUCUCUACCCGAGGCCGGAUGGUAAAAUCCAACCUCCAGCGGAUCCUAAACAGUCAUUGCUUUGCUCGCGAGAAAGAAGGAAAACCUCAGCCCUGUACUACCAUGGCGAAUUUAAGUAGCGGUAUCUGUGACAUGAUUGAGAACUUGUCCCUGCACUGUAGUAGUACCCGCGGCCCAGGGCCUCUGUGGUGCUCCGAUGCCCCUCUCCCACCCCUGAAGAUCCCAGGUGGGCGAGGGAAUGGCACACGGGAUCACGCUCCUUCAGCUCGGCCGCUCUACUCAGACCGAAAAUUGACAGUAACGGAAGAGCCUGCAGGAAAUGGACGUCCAAGAAUAAUCCACUUCCAAAGUCGUCCCACAGCUACCAAGACAAUACAGUGGGAUGCUGUCCUCAACAGCAGUGCACUCUAUGUGGAGAUGCCUCUUCUUGACCCUUUUCCAGAAGGCAGCAAAGAGAGCUUUGCGGCUCUCCUGGAGUUUGCUGAAGAACAUCUGCAAGUUGCUAGUGUUUUUGUCUGCUUUUACAAGAACAGAGAUGAUCGUGCUAAGCUGGUGCGUACCUUCAGUUUCCUGGGCUUUGAGAUUGUGAAACCGGGCCAUGCCCUCGUCCCUCCUCGACCUGACGUCUUCUUCAUGGCCUAUAAUUUUGACAGGGACUCCUCAGAUGAUGAGUAGUCCUCCAGACAUCUUCUUCACCACCUGCUAGUUUACAUGCUCCCCAUUAUCUUAAAGUUUCAGCUUUAUUUACAUCCAUAGCUGUUUUGUGUUGAAUCCGAAGCUGUAGCUUUCCUAUUAAAGCUCACCAUAAAUUUCUGAUCAAGGGAAAAGUUAGCAUUGUGUUUUUGUUUCAAGCAUAUAAAUAUAUGUAUGUUAUAUUAAUCUGGUCUUAAAAAUAUACUUUUUUUUCUUUUUUUAUCCUUUUGCCAUUUUCAUAGCUAGUUGACUAUAUUUACAAUAGACUUUAAUUUCUUGAAUGUACAAAAAAGUCAUCAGGUUUAUACAUGGAUACUCCAGUGUUGUUGGGAUUGGCUAAAUUGUUAAGUUUUCUAAAUAAUUCUCCCUAGACUGAAAUACUUCUCAAUGGGACCAGCUUUUUUUGUCACAGUAAUACCCUUUAUAUUGACUAAUUAGCCCCAAUAAUUGGUACUUUGUAGCCGAGUAGUGAAACACUUAAUUUUAGAUGUGCAUUUAAAUUGGCGAAAGCCAAUGCAUGUGUAUGAAAGUGAUUCAGUAUAAAAUCGAAGUGCUAGUGAGUGACAAAUGGUACUUGAUGAAACAAAACAAAUAAUCCAAAUAGCUUUUGACUUUUUUUUUUUUUUUUUCCCCAAGUUUGUCAGGCUAUAGUAGAGUAUUGUUUUAAGGUUGGAAGUAAAAUGCUGUGGUGUUUCUGGAUUAGGUUCUCCUCUGGCAUUAGCAUUCCUUUACUCUUUUGUUCAUGGUGGUAUUAUGUCCUGCAUAGUGGUACCUGUUGUGCUUCUGUGAUAAUAAAACCAAAAAAAAAA